AUGAGUUAUCAAUUUAGCGAAAACGGCAAGUAUUUCGCCGGAAUAGCCGCCGAUGGAAAAUUAAAAAUAUGGAACACCCUAACCAACACUUUCGAACAGGAAUUUACGCCGGAUUUCCAUCUAGCCUCGCCAUGUACAUGUUUACAAUUCGUCCAAACGAACUCCCUAAAAUACAAGGCAAGUUCUCCGAAGAAGAAGAAACGAAGGGAAUCAGAACCCAGCGAGAACCACCAGAUCGCCAUCGGAACCACUUCUGGAGUUCUAUUGUUGUAUUCAAUAAACAAAGCUGGUUUAGAGUGUACUAUAGAAAGUGGCGCGAAUCAAACAAUAAAUUGUUUAUCAACAGUCGAUGAUAAUUUAAUAUAUUCCGGGGGCUGA